AUACGGGAACACCGGCUUAUAUAAGCCGCGGUCCAUUUUGAUUGGCUACUGGUGUUGAGCUCAGCCAAUGAGAAAUCUGCACUAUGUUUACAUCCCGACACACGUUCCAACAUGGCUGCCUGAGAGCGAAAAUACGACCUAACGGAAUAACAGAGGCGCUAUAUCUAUCCUGUAACAGCGAACGCCGUCGUACCAACUGCAUACAACGCUUCUAAAGCUGAUAUGGUGAGCACACCUUGAAGACAUCUACAACACAAUAAAAAGAUGCUGUUAAGAAUUUCUACAUCAGUACCAGUACGGUUGCUCCUGACGGGAAAUAAAUGUUUCAACAGAAUUCAAAAUCAUGCAUUAGCAAGAGGACUUGUUUCUAGCUUAGACAAUGAACAAUAUUAUACCUUACCGGUCUCAUUCCAAACCCGAACUCCUGGGGAGAGGAUGACCGUAGAUGUUGGUAUUUGGGAUGUCCGUCCAUUCAAUAUGACACCCCACACUCCACUUGUUUUUGCUGUCCACGGGGAACCUGGAACCUCUCAGGACUUUGAGGUUAUAGGACGAAAACUGGCAGGCCAUAAUAUCAGGGUGGUUGGAUUUGACCUUCCCGGAAAUGGAAAAAGCAGACUUCUUAGACAGGAUAUAUACCGCCUUGACUACAGCACAGAAGGGAAAUAUCACAUGCUGACUACCAUACUGGAUGCCUUGGCAAUCACUAGGGUCGAUGUGCUGAUGGGUCAUAGUGCAGGGACCUGGCUGAGCUACAAGGCAGCAUCUGACCUUCAUCUUGUCAAAUCAUCUGUUUUUCUAAACCCUCUUGCAAAACGACAACAUCGAAGUCUCCGUCCAUUUGUGGCUAUCAAAAUGUUAGCAGCAAUCCUGAGGAACUCAUAUCUCCACUCAGCAGUUUACAAAUGUCUUCCAUUCAUUUACAAGAUUUUUGGAUUUGUGGUGCAUGAAGAAGUAUUUGCAUCACUCCCCAUAGCUGUGGAAAGUGCAAGAUAUGCUGAUUUUAACAAGAUGCAGGCCUAUGCUGAAUCUGCUGCCUGUAAGAAACACCCAUUUGUUAUGGCGAUUACUCGGAAUGAUAAGAUUGCAGAGUGGAACUUUUCCAUGGAGAUGGCACAUCAUAUGGGAAUCGAGGAAGGGGAGAUAACCGAGUACAGAGGCGACUCUGUCACUAUUGGCGAUUCUGUAGGGAAAUAUGAUAAUAGCUGCUAUAGGCGAGUCCUCUUGUUUGAGAGAGGAGGCCAUUUAGUACACAAAGCCCACGAGACAGAAAUCAUCAAACAAAUACUCCUGCUUUUGAAAGUUGUCUGUAACCAUGAUUCUUGACUCCAUAUCACCCUCUAGUAUUUUAUAGAGACUGUUCGUAGACACUUUUACAACAUUAAUUGUGCCAUAAACUUUUGUCUUGAAACAAUCAAAAUGUUUGAAGAUUCCUGGACCAGAUGGUUUGCCAUAUGUUUUUGUCUUGAAACAAUCAAAUUGUUUGAAGAUUCCUGGACUGGAUCUUAUGCCAUAAGUUUUUGUAUUGAAACAGUCAAAUUGUCCGGAGAUUUCUGAACAGGAUAGUAUGCCAUAACUUUUUGUCUUCUUUUUUUAACAAGAUCUUAUAUUUAACAUUCAUCAUAGUUAUAAGUGUAUUUCAGCUUAUUAGGAAACGGGCAUCAUUAAAAAAAAUCUUCAAUUUGCAAAAGAUAAUUUUUAUAUUUGUAAAUAAUAAUUUUGGUUUCCUGGUUUAAACUUAAAGUUUUAAUAUAAGUUACUAUUUCAUGUAUGGCAUGUAAUCGCUUUAUUGUUUGUACAUUACAUGUAUUUGAUACAUUUUUGACAGUUUUAAAUAUUACUUGUUAUAUUGUUAAUAACUUGCAUAGCUUUAAUUCUUGUUGAAGUAGGCAGGUAACCGUAAGAAAGUCAGGGUUGUGACCACAUAUCAACUUAAUUGAGAUAGACCUAUACAAUAAACCAUUAACAUUUGUUACAGUCAGCCAUGUUUUAUUAUCUUUUAUAUAUUUAUAUGUUUUAAUAAACAGAAUGUUCAUUAUUCA